UUUAGUUGAGCAGAUGAAGGAGGGUUUUGUGCAAGCAAUGCAGGAGCUGUCUCACAUCCAAGAUGGGGAUAGGAUCUUGCAGCAGAAAGUCAACAGCAAUAAAGAGGAGACUGAUGAGAAGAUUGAGAAGCUGGCUGAGUCUCUUCACCAGAUCAGGACUGAUCUGAGCUCUGUCCUAGGUGAGGUGAAGAAGAAUAACAAGGUGACUGAGAAACUCAGUAAGCAGAUGGAGAAUGUCAGGAAGGAACAGAGUCACAUGCGCAAGAAGAUUAGACAGAAUGAGCAGAACCAAGAAAACCACAGGAAAGCCCAUCAAGAGGAAACCAUCACACCAGCCAACAAGUCGGAUGAGGACAAAGACAACAACAACAAUAACAACAAAACCAAGGAAGUCAUGAGUGCAAAGAAAGUGGCUCGUCGUCAGAGUAUGCCGUCUGUUUACACCAAUAUGAAGGAUGUCAGAGACGGAGGCAGGGCUGCCAAGCAGUCCAGGCACCAUACUAAGAUGGCACCAAUGAUACAGCCUUUUAUGGAUUCUCUGCCGGACUCGUGUGAUCCCUUAAACAAUGAUGGAUCUAUGAAUGAGCCAUCUGAGGAGGUACCUGGCAGACAGUUUGACUCUUUACCAUCAAGAAACGCAAGCGGCUCCUCGAUGUCCAGUGACAAAGAUCAGAUCAACAAAGAACACAUGACUAAGGGUUUUAAUUCAGGCAGGAGAGUUUCCUUCAGUAACCUAAAACAGACACAGGAUUCAAACCAACUCUAUGAAGCUCAGAGAAUACAUCUUGCUCAGGAGCUUCUGACCUCGGAGAGAAAGUACGUUGGUCAGCUGAAUUCCCUACGAGAGAACAUCAUGUUACCCCUGGUCACUGAGUCACUCAUACAUCCAUCAGAAAUCAAUGUUAUAUUCCCACCUAGUCUUGCCAAGAUGUUUGACAGACACUGCUGUCUGCUGUGUGCUCUGGAAACUCGCCUCGGUGAUUCAAAGUGGCAGGGAAUGCAUGGCGACGUUGUAGCCAAAUUUGCUGGAAUGGAAAGCGCCAAUUUCCUGUCUCAAUAUGGCUUAUACAUCGAGAUGUUCCCAGAGAGUGUCUCCCUACUCUCCCAUCACACAAGAAAAUCAGCCAAGCUCACAAGAUUCCUAAAGAAACAACUGGCGGAUAUUGAAGAUGAGCAAGCAGAUCUCCUUGGUUACCUCCUAGCUCCUAUUCAGAGGAUCCCAGCUUACGUUCUUCAUCUCAAGACAGUCCUGGAGUUCACUGAGACGGACCAUCCAGAUUAUUUCCAUGUGGAGUCAUGUUUGACAUAUUUUGGCAACUUCCUGGCAUCGAUGAAUCCUGCCAUUGAACAAGCAGUGGAAGCCGCUAGAACCUACAAACUCUUCCUCUCAGAAAGGAGAAGCAGCCGAGCCUCCAGCUACUCCCCUCAUAUGUUAACCACAAGCCAGUCAUCAUCCCUCACCAAGGACAGUGGAAUGUACUCCAAUGAUGAGAUGUCAGCAUACAACAACUAUAAUCAUUCAAUGGGUCCAGACGGUGAUCCAGCAGAACUUAGGCGAGGUAGUGCUGGUAACUUUCUAUCAACAUGGAACGGCAGCCCAGUCAGGCUUAGGAAUCCUCAGAAGCACGUCCUUUCAAAUGGCCACAAGCAGGACAGAAGGGCCUCAUUUCCCAUGAAUGCUAAAGGAAUCUUAAGCCAAAGAGCAAAUGUUUGGAAAAGUCCACAUGUGUCAAAAUCGUAUCAUGGACGGACGGGAAGGCGUGGAAGCCAUGAUCAUGGGAUGCUGAGUGAAGGCUACCAGGGAACGAGCGUCUCUGCUGCUAUCCCGGGUAUGACCUUCAUCCCAGAGCAAGCCAGCGAUGACACCGACUUCAGCCAUGGAAAGCGUAGAAAUUCCAGAUCCCAGUCCAACCUACCGGAGCUUCCCACAUACGGGAUCUACGGCGAGGAUGAUACCGAUGUAGAGGUCAGGUAUGAACCAUCCUCGCCUACCAGUGCCCUGCCAAGAACAAGACAGAAGGCUGUCAAUCAGGUCUCUCAAGGACGUAAGACAUAUUUUGGUUCCUCAAUGUCCAGCGGGUCAUCCUCCAGGACGUCCACUCCAAGAGGUGACCACCACUUCAAUGAACAUGACAUUGUCUACGAUGACAACAAUGAAGCUCAUCAACGGAGAAAACACCACCGUAGACAAUCCUUGAAUGAGCAGAAUCUUCAGAAACUGAACGAUUUAAAGUCGGACGAGAGGGCAAGCAGUACGAUGCACCUUCCAGAAACGACUCGGUCGGAGACUCGCAAGAGAGCGAACUCAAUCUCUCAUAUAAACCGUGUACACACUCCAGAGACGGGUAAACCAGAAAAACUUAAAGUGGUGUGGAAUGAGGACAAUCAAGUGAACAGAUCAAUGGAAGGUACUUCAUCACCGAGAUCGAACCUGAAACCCACAAUAAAGCAAAGUCCCAGGGAACGAUCCGAGGCUGGCGGCAAAUCCAACAAAAAAUCUAACUUUUCUGCCUCCUUAAAGAAUAUUUUCUUUGGAAAAGGUCCCAAUUUCAACUGGAAACGAAACAGCCAUGUGGUAAAUCUGACUGAAGAAGCCAAUGAGAAGACAGAAAAGAGCAAAACCUCCUCUCAGUCGUCCCCCACAUACUGUGAUGAAGAUGGCCAGCCAUGCAGCGAUGUCUAGUGCAGGGUUUUAUAACUACAGCAAAUAGCCGUAGGAAUAGAACCACCCCAUACAUAAACGGUGUCCAGUCUACCGAUAUUAUGGAUUACAACAGAAACAGCAGUAUGGACUACUUGUUCUGGGUGCAAAGGAACGUUGACAAUGAAUGCAUGCAGUCCAGUGUACUGCCAUAAUGUUCUGCUGGACUGCAGAUCAUUGUACUGAGCUACAGAACACUCCUCCAUGAGAGAAAAUGGGUGAACAUUCCUAUACAUGUAGAAUGCUCUGUGUGGUCAAUGUGGCCGGUCCAUGUGCUUAACUUAUCCAAUUAGAACAUUCCCACCUGUCGGACCUUUGAGCUGCUCCCUCAAGAGCCCUUUAGCUCAUUUAGACCUUCCCUCCUACCUAUACAGCAGCAAGUGUCAUUAGGAAUCUGUGACAUAGUGCUUUGAAAUUAGUGCAUUGUCACACGAGGAAACUUUUACAGGCAACUUGGGGGCAACCAACUGCAGUGCAUGCUACAGGACCACUUUGGCAGCA